GGACUAUCCCAAGAUAAUAUAAGCAUUUCAACAAGUUGUAACUAGAUUCUUGUGUGGAAUGUGAAUGAAUGAAUUGUCAUAGUGUAUAAUAAAUAUUAUAAUUAUAUGAUAUAUUCAUAGAUGAGUUAAAAGCAAAAUAUAUUAUCUUGUCAUGGAGGAUAGUGGAAUUGAUAGCGACCCUAAGAUAAUUACUCACAAUGAAGAUGAAAAACUAUUUUUGGGAAGCGAUAGUAGUUGUAAUAGUAAUCUGACGCAAACAUCUCAAAGAAAUUCUACAAAACAAUGGCAAAAAAAACUUGAAGCACGAAUUGAACAAGCAAAACGAAUACAACUUAAUUCAGACUAUAUGAAAUUACCAAAACAUGAAACGUCCAAAAUAAACGUAUGUAGUAAUAAUAGUAGCGGAUUAAUUUCGAUAGAAAGGUUGCCUAUACCAUCUAAAAAUAAAGAAAAUCUUCCUUUAGUUGAAUAUUGGCAUAGUGGAAGUGAAAGCGAUGAUGAAACUACUCUUUUCUCAUUAUCAAAAGGAAAAGAAUCUUUGAAACAUAAACGAGAGCUUACUGAUACAUUUAGUAUCGAGGAUUUAAGUGAAGAAAGCGAAGAUUCUUUGAAUUUAGAUCCAACUCAACCAUCUCAUGCAUUUACGUGGACUUACGUACCUUCUGGGUGUUUUGCUUGCCAUUGUCAAAUAUUAUAAUGUAAAACAAGUCGUAUUUAGUGAAAACAAUACAAAAUUAUUUAUGAAAAUUAUAUUGACAUUUAAAUGGUCUAUGACAUAAUAUCAGCUGAAUAACUAGUAUGCAUUACAUAUUUUCAAAUACUUUUUAAGAAAGUAAAAAAAGUUGAAUAUUUUUAUGUGUUUCUAGUAAAAAAUGCUAAUAUUAAUAAAGGAUAUAUAUGCUAUCUUU